AUUCAUUGGAAACCAUGCUAUCACAUUCUCUCUCUCAGAGUCCCUUUCUCUCACCUCAACUAAAUUUCUGCAACGCCGGACCCACGUGGUGAUCACCCAAUCUUCCCCAUAUCAUUAAUGAUUAGCUUUUCAAGAAUAUCCUUUUUAUUGUAGUAUAAAGUUUUCUCAUCACCUCAAAGAACGAACCUUUUCCAAGAUUUUUUGGUGGGCACUGAGCUUUGAUGAUUGGAGCUGCUGGUUAGGAAUAUUCAUAAAGUUGGGAAUUCUAUUUAUCUUUCUUUGGUGGGAUUAUUAUUGCCAUGGGCUUCCCUUGUGAUGGAGCAGAGAAAAAUGGCGGCGGCGGAGGUGGGAGUUUGAACACACUCGUGAGGAGGAAGCAGGUUGAUUCUAAGCAUGUUUCCUCAUCUGGGACUCGCCAAAAUCAAUUGGCCAGGGCUCUCACUGCACCUCAUCUCAUCGCCAUAGGAGUCGGCGCGACGAUUGGUUCGGGUGUUUACAUUCUGGUUGGCACAGUUGCUAGAGAGCAUUCAGGGCCAGCUCUUACACUUUCAUUUCUCAUAGCUGGAAUAGCUGCUGGUCUUUCUGCUUUCUGCUACGCCGAGCUAGCUAGUCGCUGCCCUUCUGCUGGAAGUGCCUAUCACUAUUCUUACAUAUGCAUCGGAGAAGUCGUUGCUUGGUUGGUUGGUUGGGCGUUGAUGCUGGAAUACACUAUAGGAGGUUCAGCAGUGGCUCGUGGUAUAUCCCCGAAUCUGGCCUUGCUUUUUGGAGGUCCGGAUAGUCUGCCUUCUUUACUUGCUCGCCAGACGAUCCCUGGAGUUGAUAUUGUUGUCGACCCGUGUGCAGCCAUCAUAGUCGUUUUAGUCACUGCGCUUUUGUGUCUGGGAAUUAAGGAGAGUGCAUUUGCCCAAGGGAUCGUUACUUCUGUGAAUGUGUGUGCCUUGAUUUUUGUCAUCGUGGCCGGUGGAUAUUUAGGCUUCAAGACCGGAUGGCGUGGCUACGAGCUCCCUGCCGGAUACUUCCCCUUUGGGGCUAAAGGGAUGCUUGCCGGUGCUUCAACCGUGUUUUUUGCAUAUACAGGGUUCGACUCCAUCACAAGCACAGCAGAAGAGGUGAAAAACCCUCAGAAGGAUCUGCCAAUCGGCAUUGGCUCUGCUCUGUCUAUAUGCUGCACCCUUUACAUGUUGGUUUCUGCAGUUAUCGUUGGUUUAGUACCCUAUUACGCAAUGGAUCCCGACACUCCCAUUUCCUCUGCAUUUGCUAGCCACGGAAUGCAAUGGGUAGCGUAUAUCAUUACUAUUGGAUCUUGUACAGCUCUUUGUGCGUCGCUGACGGGGUCUUUGCUUCCACAGCCGCGAAUAUUAAUGGCAAUGGCUAGAGACGGACUGCUGCCGUCGUUUUUUUCAGAUAUCAACAGAACCACGCAAGUUCCGAUAAAAAGCACGAUUGUGACCGGACUUCUUGCCACAAUCUUGGCCUUCAUCAUGGAUGUAGAACAGUUGUCAGGAAUGGUUAGUUUGGGCACGCUUCUUGCGUAUACGACCGUGGCAAUUUGCGUGCUGAUACUGAGAUACGUUCCACCGGAUGAGGUGCCGUUUCCAUUAUCUUAUAAGGAAGCGAUAGACUCGGUUUCUUCACGACGUGCUAUCAGCAAUAGCCCUGCAGACGUCUGCGAAAAUACUCCAUUUUUAGCCAGGAAAGAGACACCUACAAAUAGGGGUUGGAACUCCCUCGUGAACAAAGGGAAUCGACGGAGGAUUGCCGGCUGGGCUAUCGCGAUCACGUGCGUUGGCAUACUUAUUUUCACUUGUGCUACUUCAUUCUCGAGCCUCUCGAGCGUCCUUCGAUCUACACUCUGUGCCAUUGGCCUACUUUUCCUUCUUUCGGGUCUCACACUGCUGAGUUGCUUAGAUCAAGACGUCGCCAGACAUAGUUUCGGACGAGAAGGAGGUUUCAUUUGUCCGUUGGUCCCGUUGCUGCCGGUAACUUGCAUUCUUAUCAACAUGUACUUGUUAGUCAAUCUCAGUGGAGCGACGUGGACCCUGGUGUCGAUAUGGCUGGCGUUGGCGCUCCUCGUCUACGUGUGCUAUAGCUGCACGCGCAGCCCGUUGAAGCACGCGUUUUACGUGCCCGCCGCUCACGUCGAUGAAAUCUACGAGGCAUCGUCCCACGCAGCGCCAUCAUCUCACGCCUAUAACAUCUAAUACACAUAUUGCACAUGCCCUAUGUUUUUCCAACUACCAUUUGUGCCUCUCCCUAUUGUAUUCUUUGAAAAUUGUACAUAACAUCAUUUUUGUUGUUUGAAUUAAAUAUCGUGUAAAGAUAUUCUUGGUGGAUGCAGAAAAAUUUAUAGGGACUUAUGUAAAA